AUGUACGCUGAAAAUUUUAAUCUUUUGCCUCACAUUAAAUUUAAUACUACUGUGUUAAAGAUAUCAAUACUUCCCGAUAAACGUUGGAAUGUUAAAUACAUUAUUCAAUGUGAAAAUGAAGAAAAAGAGGAAAUUUUUGAUUUCGUAAUGGUUUGCACCGGGAAACAUCGCAAACCUAGAUGGCCUGAAUUUAAAGGAAUGAACUUAUUUAAGGCGUACGACCAUAGUCCAUCUCGUUUCACGCAAUAUAUAAUUCCACCCUUUAUUAGAGGAAAAAUAAUUGAAAAUUAUAUAAUUAAAUCCUUUACUUAUCCUCCUCAUCUCGAACCUAAUGACCCUAUAAUUGCUACACUUCCUAUUAUAAAUUUUGAAAUUUUUCAAUACCUUGCGGCUGGUACAGUUAUUGUGAAACCAGAUAUUAAAGAACUUAAAUCUGAAAAUAAUCAAAUCGAAUUUAUUGAUGGGACUGUCUUGGAGAAUAUUGAUGUUGUUAUUUAUGCUACUGGUUUUGAUAUUGAUUUUUCUUUCUUAGAUAACCAGGUUUUUACUGGUGGGGAUGAAAUUAUUCAAGAGUUUAGAAAUGAUUUUUAUAAUUUAGUUUGGUUGUAUAAAUCAAUUUAUCCUCCAAAGUAUCCUAAUAUUGCUUUCCUUGGAUUGUCAUUAGGUGCUCCUAUUUUGCCGAUCAGUGAAAUGCAAGCCCGUCACAUAAUCGGUCAUAUUAAAGGAUUUAUCAAGCCACUCCCAUCUCAAUAUGAAAUGGAAAAAUCUAUACGUAAUAAUUAUGAAGCUAUUCGUAAAAAUUCUUGCAAACAUGCUCGUAGCGCUAUUCGUCAAAAUUAUCUAUCUUAUUUGGAUUCAUUGAGCAAAGAUGUUGGAUGUUAUCCUUAUUCUUAUGAGAUAAUUAAAAAGUUUGGCUUUAGUUUUUGGAAAUUAAUUAUGUUCGGAAUAGCUACUCCUGUUCAAUAUCGGCUACUAGGAAGGAAUUCUUGGGAAGGUGCAAGAGAAGCUAUUCUGCUUUAUAACAAAAAUAGUUUUAAACCUAUUGCUAAAAGAUCAAAAGUCUAUAAUUUAUUGAUUUAUAUCCUUAUUAUUUCAUUAAUAUUGUUAAAGCGAAACGGCACUGAACCCGAUAACAGACCAAAUGUUGAAGAAUUA